AUGCACUGGGAGGGACAUGGCAUUGCAACGAAAAUUCGAGCAGCUCGCGCAGAGAACUCCUCUGAAGCUGCUUCCCUUAAUGGACACAAAGCUUUGACACCAAUAAUUGCUGGCAGCGUAUGUGGAGGUGUGCUGGGCAUCGCAUGGAUCGCUGGCCUCAUUUGGUAUUUACUUAAACGCCGGAAAUCGAAAGAUCGGAAUCCUCCCAAAGAGAUCAAUGAGACGGAACGAUACAUUAUACCCCCAGAUCCAGCCAUCUUGCAAGAACCCAACGAGCACUGCGCACGCACAUCCAUCCAGCAAUAA